ACUUCCGGGAAGUGACGCUCUCCUGCCUCUGAUUGGUUGUCGCCGUCGGCCCUCUCUUCCUGACGCACGAGUGCGGCGUGGAUUCCGGCAUCGCCAUGGAGGAGCCGGACUCGCUGGGCUUCGAACACAUGGGUCUGGACCCCCGGCUGCUGCAGGCAGUCACAGACCUGGGCUGGUCGCGACCUACGCUGAUCCAGGAGAAGGCCAUUCCGCUGGCACUGGAGGGGAAGGACCUGCUGGCCCGGGCCCGCACGGGCUCGGGGAAGACCGCCGCCUACGCGCUGCCGAUGCUGCAGCUUCUGCUCGACCGCAAGGCGACAGGUCCAGUGGCGGAGCAAGCUGUGAGAGGCUUGGUCCUUGUCCCCACCAAGGAGCUGGCACGACAAGCCCAGACCAUGAUUCAACAGCUGGCCAAAUACUGUGCUCGGGAUGUGCGGGUGGCCAACGUGUCAGCUGCUGAAGACUCGGCAGCCCAGCGAGCCGUGCUGAUGGAGAAACCGGAUGUGGUGGUGGGGACCCCGUCGCGGAUCCUGGGCCACUUGCAGCAGGACACCUUGAGGCUGCGGGACUCCCUGGAGCUGCUGGUGGCGGAUGAGGCCGACCUGCUGUUCUCCUUCGGCUUCGAGGAGGAGCUCAAGAGCCUGCUGUGUCACUUGCCCCGCAUUUACCAGGCCUUCCUCAUGUCGGCCACUUUCAACGAGGACGUGCAGGCACUCAAGGAGCUGGUCCUACAUAACCCGGUCACACUCAAGUUGCAGGAGUCUCAGCUGCCAGGGCCUGACCAGUUGCAGCAGUUCCAGGUGGUCUGUGAGACGGAGGAGGACAAGUUCCUGCUAUUGUACGCCCUGCUUAAGCUGUCCUUGGUCCGGGGCAAGGCCCUGCUCUUUGUCAACACCCUGGAGCGGAGCUACCGCCUGCGCCUUUUCCUUGAGCAGUUCAGCAUCCCCUCGUGCGUGCUUAAUGGCGAGCUCCCGCUGCGCUCCAGGUGCCACAUCAUCUCCCAGUUCAACCAGGGCUUCUAUGACUGUGUCAUCGCCACUGAUGCCCAGGUCCUGGGGCCUCCGGCCAAGGGCAAGCAGCGGGGCCGAGGGCCCAAAGGGGACAAGGCCUCUGACCCGGAAGUGGGCGUAGCUCGGGGCAUAGACUUCCACCAUGUGUCUGCCGUGCUCAACUUUGAUCUCCCCCCGACUCCUGAGGCCUAUGUUCAUCGAGCUGGCAGGACAGCACGCGCCAACAAUCCUGGCAUCGUCUUGACCUUCGUGCUGCCCACUGAACAAUCCCACUUGGGCAAGAUUGAGGAGCUUCUGAGUGGAGAGGGUGAGGCUCCUGUCUUGCUUCCCUACCAGUUCCGGAUGGAGGAGAUUGAGGGCUUCCGGUAUCGCUGCAGGGACGCCAUGCACUCGGUGACAAAGCAGGCCAUUCGGGAGGCGAGGCUGAAGGAGAUCAAGGAGGAGCUUCUGCACUCAGAGAAGCUCAAGACCUACUUUGAAGACAACCCCAGGGACCUGCAGCUGCUGCGGCACGACCUCCCCCUGCACCCUGCUGUGGUGAAACCUCACCUGGGCCACGUCCCCGACUACCUGGUUCCUCCUGCUCUUCGUGGCCUCAUACGCCCUCCCAAGAAGCGCAAGAAGCCCUCCUCUUCCUGUAGGAAGGCCAAGAAGGUGAAGGCCCAGAAUCCACUGCGCAGCUUCAACCACAGAGGAAAGAAACCCAGACCCACAGUGUUGCCCUCCUGAGGUCACCGGGCCCGAGUCCAACGUUGGUGGGACUGCAGCCUGGGGCACCCAUGUGGGCACUCUGGUCUCACUGUGCUGCCUGGACAUACUGAACUCGGUGCAGGGCCAGCAUCUGGCUGCAUCACAGAAUAAAGGUUCUGCCCCAGGUUGUGCUUCCAGACCUCAGGGAUCAGGAAACUUCCGGAAGGUGGUGCCUGUGCCGUGUUCUGCAGUACCAGGCUGCACCAGCAGAGGUCAGCCUGGUGGAGCCAGCCCAAGUCCACUGCAUCCAGUUUGUCCAGCUUCUUGUUUUCUUGGCUGCUGUAACCCCGCUGUCUGAUGUGUCUCUGGAGAACAGGUCUUCCUGGCCACAGGUCUUCUCUUUUAAAGAGUUAAACCCCCCAUGAGCAGGACA